GUAGUCGCCACAAGUUGUCAUUUUCAUAUUUACCUAUUCUUUCCAUGUGGUUUUGUUUUGUUAAACUGAAAUAUUGGCAAAAUUAACUGGAAUAUUAGAAUAAAGAUGAUGGAAGUGGACUCUGCAAAUGUGCAAAUUCCCAAGAGGAAGCGAAACUUUAGUGAAGCAACUGCUGAAAGUAGUCGUCCUACGAAACUACGUAAACAAACAGAAUUGGAUCUCCGAAAAAUUCCCGUGCCGCUAAAUAGACGUGCUGCUCUAAAGGAAAAUUGGCUUAAAAUUAUUACACCAAUCGUCGAAAAGCUUCAACUUCAGAUUCGCUACAACAUAAAGGCGAAACAAAUUGAAAUCAAGAUGAGCAAGGAAGCGGAUGUUUCGAAUUUGCAAAAGGCUGCUGAUUUCGUAAAGGCUUUUAUUUAUGGAUUUGACGUGGAUGAUGCCUUAGCAUUAAUACGUCUAGAAGAUCUCUUUGUGGAAACCUUUGAGGUAAAAGAUGUUAAAACGCUGCGGGGGGACCAUUUAAGUCGAGCGAUUGGUCGGUUGGCUGGCACAGGAGGACGAACAAAGUUUACAAUUGAAAAUGUUACAAAGACUAGAAUUGUUUUAGCUGGAUCAAAAGUCUAUAUAUUAGGUAGCUAUCAAAACAUUCAGUUGGCCAAACGAGCAAUAAGUAACUUAAUUCUGGGAUCUCCUCCGAAUAAAGUGUAUGGAAGCUUGAGAAAUGUCGCUGGAAAACUAUCAGAAAGAUUAUAAAUUGGAGAAGUUUUGUAUAAUGUUGAAUUGAGUUAUUUUAAUGAUAAAUAAAAAAAGAAAUGAACAUAUGACAGGUUUUGAUUCUAUUUUCAUUGCUUCAAAAUAUUUUCGCAUAAAUUUUUUAGA